CCUGUCGAGAACCGCAAGAACUACCAGCUUACUUUGAAGCUGAAGUACCCCCAUGGCUUCCAGUACUCCAUUUUCACGGCCGACUACUGUGGCUUCGCUGCUAUUAAGAAGGGCUCAACUGGCACUUGCAAGUCGACCUAUUACUUCUCUGGUAUGCAGCAGCAGGCCUCCCUUGCAACCGAGUUCAAGGGCCCCUUCGAGGACGACUACCUUAAGCACGACGAGCUGGACGUGGUCUCGAUGGGCAUGCUCAACAUAAAUAGCCAAGUGCGUGUCACGCCCAUCGGCAGCGACAGCGCGAACCUCCUCACGGUCGACUCGACUGACCUCAAGUUUAAGAACAUCUUCGGCCUCAAGUGGCGCAAGUGCCCGGGCAAGUAA